AGCUGGAGUCCAGAGCCUGACGCCAGAGUCCUCACCAUGGCUGACGUGUUAGAGAGCAGUGGAGCAGGAGCUGUUGGGUCUGGACCCGUAGGAUCAACCAGCGUGGACUUGCAGAAACGCUGCGUCGCUCUCGAGAUGCAGCUGCUCAGGUUCCGCCUGCAGGCCGGGAAAAUUCGAGAACUACUGGCUGAAAAGAUGCAGGAACUUGAGCAGAGGGUGACGGAGGCUGAUCAGAGAGCUGAGAAAGCUGAGAAACAGAUCCACGUUAUGGAAGAAAAGCUGAAGUCUGCAAACGUACAAAUCAGUGAGUCGGAGAGCUCGCUGUACCGAAAGUAUCAAGAACUGACGGGUCAGGUUCAUGAAAAAGAUGCUGUCAUAAAAAGAUUAGAGACACAGCUGGAACAACAGAUCUUAGUCAGAGCCCAGGAAGCAAAAAUUAUUGAGGAGAAAGCUGCCAAGAUUAAAGACUGGGUCACGUUUAAACUCAGAGAGAUGGAGGUGGAGAACCAACAGCUGAAAUCGGCUAAUAUGAAACAGACAGAACAGCUCACACUGCUGCAAGACAAACUACACUCUGUUCUAGAGAAGCCUGCCUCCUCUGGGUCUCCUGCUGCCUCUCCUGUGACAGACACCCACCUGGUSCCCAACAGCCCGCUGUUUCCUCCCAGCUGCCCGGGCACGCCGCCUGUCCAAGAUGAGAGCUGGAGACAAACAAGUCCGCAUAGGGCCGCCUCUGUUAUCAAGACUCUGCCAACAGAUGUGAAAAGAUCACCUGAACAGGUUUGUAAAGGAGUUUGCCUCGGAGAGUUCACGUCUCCUGACAGUCUGGGUUGGAGCAGAGAGGGACCAGAGCUCCCAGGGGUCUCACAGAGCCAGGCCGAAGUCUCUGACAGAGACAACUCCUCUGAUGAGCUCAGUAGCAAGUUCCGCUCUCAGUGCCUUCACUCAUCCUCAUCAUCUUCAUCUUCAUCGUCUGCGUAUGAGAUGGCCCAGGGGCCGAGCUCUCCCCUGCCGACCAUCAGAGCACAGCCCAAAAGCCCUCUCCUGUCCCGCUCUCCCUCCACCAACAACCCCUUCCCCAAUCCUCCCCAGCCUUCGGUCCCUCAGUCCGGCACUAGCCUGACCUUACCUAAAGUACGGACUCCGCUCACCCCCAGAGACAGCAUCCAGCUGGUGAAGAAGCACUACAGCCAGCCACAACCCAGCCUGGACCGACUGCACCACCUCAACGUCAGCAUAGACAUCACCUCGCCUUCCUCCACUUCCUCCACUCUGAAGAGCACGAGCACUGCCACUUCUCCUUUCUCCCAGCUCAUCGAAGAAACGGACAUUGACGAUGGGCUCCUGGACUGCAUGGAUGGAGUACUGGAGGGGCCGCAGCCAGAGGAGCUGUCUCAGGAUGGCGUUUCCUUUGUGGGGCUCGCAGAAGAGCUUGAGCAGCUGGAUCCAGAGGUUCUCAAGCCACCUACUCCUCCUUUGCAUCGCUUCCCUUCAUGGGAGAGUCGGAUCUACGCUGUGGCUAAGUCAGGAAUGAGAGUGUCUGAGUCCGGCGCUGUAGCCAGGGGCCCCGGACGAGGAUCCAACCUGCCCCAGUAUCCUGCAGCAGGUCCAUUUUCACAGUUGAUCUAUAAGAAUAUUAACGUUCCAGUCUACACCACACUGAAAGGGAAAGCCACUCAGAUCAGCAGCGUGCCUCUGCCGGACGAUGACUCCGGGUCGGAGGACGACAGCAGCUCUCUUGCGAGUUUACGAACCUCCAUCCUGAGCCCGGAUAAAAAGAGCAGCGUUCCAGGGAGCCCACGUGCUGUAAAGAGAGGCGUGUCCAUGUCCUCCAUCAGCUCAGAAAGUGAUUACGCUAUUCCUCCCGAUGCCUACUCCCUGGACAGUGAAUAUUCUGAACCAGAGCAUAAAGUCCAGCGUACCUCCACCUACUCCUGCGAGAGCGCUGGGCCUGAGAUGCUGGAGAAGUCUGGUUACUUGCUGAAGAUGGGCAGUCAGGUGAAAGCCUGGAAGCGUCGCUGGUUCAUCCUGAGAAACGGCGAGAUCCUCUACUACAAAUCUCCUAGUGAUGUGAUCAGAAAACCUCAGGGUCAGAUUGAGCUGAAUUCGUCCUGCUGUAUUGUACGUGGAGAGGGAGCGCAGACUUUUCAACUGAUUACAGAGAAGACGACCUUCUACCUGACUGCUGACUCACCUAAUAUCCUGGAGGAGUGGAUCAGAGUUCUGCAGAACAUACUCAAAGUCCAGGCCAGCAGCCCUGUUACUGUGGAGACCAGGCAAAAACCCACCGUGAGAGGGUGGCUUACAAAGGUCAAACAUGGACACUCAAAGCUGGUGUGGUGCUCUUUGGUUGGAAAAGUCUUCUGCUACUAUCGCAACCAGGAGGACAAGCUGCCUCUGGGUCAGCUGCAGAUGCGAGAAGCUUUGGUGCAGGAGGUCGAUCGCUCCUGCGAUUCAGACGAGGACUAUGAGGCAGGCAGUCGAGGUUUCCUCUCCUCCCACUGCACUUUAGUGGUCCAACCAAAAGAUCAGAGUCCUACAUAUCUGCUCAUUGGCACCAAGCAAGAGAAGGAUACAUGGUUGUAUCAUUUGACCGUGGCAGCUGGUUGCAGUGCAAACCUCAAAGUUGGCACAGAGUACGAGCAGCUCAUUGGUAAACUCCUUGAUGCAGAACGAACCCCAGAGAGUGAGCUGUGGAAGAGCAAGGCCUUGAGCUUCUGUAAGGAGGGUCUGUGCUUGCCUCUCACCACUCUCCCAUCUGAAGCGCUGCAGACUGAAGCUCUCAAGCUUUUCAAGUCCUGUCAGCUCUUCAUCAAUGUGCUGGUCGAGUCCCCUUCUGUCGAUUACCACACUUCACUGGCUCAGAAUGCUUUGCAGGUGUGUUUGACCCAUCCGGAGUUGCAGAAUGAAAUGUACUGCCAGCUGAUCAAACAGACCAACCAGCGGACACCACACAACUACUCCCUCACACAGUGUUGGCAGCUUCUGUCUUUGUGUGUUGCCCUGUUUCUUCCUCAACAACAUUUCCUGUGGUACCUGAGACAGUACCUUCAGCUCAAUGCAGACCCCAGGACUGAGGUGGGGAAGUAUGCUGUUUACUGUCAGAGAUCUGUUGAGCGAACGCUGCAGAAUGGAGAGCGGGAGGCCAAACCUUCACGGAUGGAGAUAGUUUCCAUCCUGCUGAGAAACCCCUACCACCACUCACUGCCUUUCAGUAUCCCAGUUCACUUCAUGAACAACACCUACCAGGUGGUGGGUUUUGACGGCUCCACCACAGUGGAGGAGUUUCUCCACACGCUGAAUCAGCGGAUCGGCAUGAGGAAGCCUCAGCUGACCGGGUUCAGCCUCUUCACCGAUGAUCCAUCCGGCAAAGACCUGGAGCACUGCCUUCAGCCGGCAGCCAAGAUCUGUGAUGUCAUCUCCAAGUGGGAGCAGACUUUGAAGGAGCUGCAUCCCGGGAAAAAUGAAGGGACAAGGAUUGUUCGACUAACGUACAAAAACAGGUUGAACAUGGUGAUUUUGAGCGAUCAGGUGUGUCCUCUCCUGUCGGCUCACCUCAGGCUAAAUCUCAGCUGAUUCUUCUUCAGGCCUUAGAGCGCUUUUAUCCCAAACGCUACAAACAGGACUGCAGCUCAGAGCAGCUCAGAGAUGUGACUGAUUGUCUGGCCACCAAGUGGUCAAUGCUUCGUGGGUGCAGCGCAUCCGAGUGUGUAAGAAUAUACCUAACCGUGGCUCGGAAAUGGCCUCUAUUUGGAGCUAAACUCUUCAGUGCCAAGCCUGUCCCUCCUUCUACCAUUGAGCAAAGCCAAGUGUGGCUGGCGGUCAGUGAAGACGGAUUGUGUGUUCUGGACUGCACAAUGCACACCCUGGUCACCUAUCCCUACCAUUCUGUGAUUACCUUCGGAGGUUACCGUGAUGAUUUCAUGGUGGUCACGAACCAACAGGGGGAGUCUGGAGUUGGGAAAAGAAGUGUGGAGAAGCUGGUCUUUGCCAUGGCUAAACCAAAGAUACUGGAGCUGACACUUCUCAUGGCCAGCUACAUUAACCACUGUAACCCCAGUGUCCCGUCUGUCCCCCACCAACCCCUCGGCCCCUGGGAUAUGGACAGCAGGCACUUCCCUACCAUCAACUACACCAGCAAGGGCCCAACCUUACUGUGAGGYACAGAGGUUUCCUGGCUGCGGUCACUGACAGUCUGCAUUCGGCUGGAUUACACUGGGUUUGGAUGCCAGUGUCUUUUCUCCUCUGCAAUCUGAACUCACUGAUCCUCAAAUGAGAAAAAGUCAGAAUCAGCCAUCUUAGACUAUUUAUUUCAACAAGAAAUUGUUUCAACUUUGCAUUUCUUGUGAGUUUUAUAUCAUUAUUUUUUAAUUAGAGGUUAGAAUAAUAAAAAAAAACAGUGAUACUAGUUGCCAUUAAUAUCCUAGAUAUGAUUCUUUUAGACUGCUGCGAUGUCCCACCCCUCCAACUUUGUCACUGUGGUUGUUCAUCACAAAGCAUAAAUAAAUGAAAGGCCCAACACUUGAAGUAAUUAAUACAAGUUUAAAAUAAAGAUUUUAGUUAGUUUUAGCCAUGUUGGUCAAAUCCUGAAAAUAUCAAUGAUCUUUUGCAUUGUGGAGAGAUGUCAAGCUCAUCAUAUGUAGAUGACUCUCGGCUCUACAUCAGAUUUUUGGUAGUAAAAGAAAUGUUUUGCUAACAGACACAGUUGAUUAUUAAUUGUUACUGUUAAAAUAGUCACUGUUGCAAUCUAGUAUUAGCAUUCAGAAUAUGUGUUCUCAGCCAGUACCACACCAAACAGUUGAAAAUUUUAGUGUUUGACCUUGUUUGCAGUGGUGGACACAGCUAACCAAAAAGUUUGGUUCACUAAACAUUAAUCCAGUAAAUAAGAAUCUUAGCUCCGCUAACGCUAAUUCACUAAUCAGGUAAAAAAAAUAAAAUAAAUAAAUAAAUAAUGGACGCUAACGCUAACCGCUAACAUGACAGUCACUCAGUCCAUGUCACACGUCUUCAUCUCCUUCCAGUUGAAGACCGGUGGGACUGAAGCAAACCUGUUAUUAGUUUUCUUAUGGUUUAUUUGAAGGUGGGUGGGAUCAUCUGUGACAAAUUGGCCAAUACUUCCAGUUGAGCCCUUUCAGAGUAAAAGCAUUUCUUUGAUUAAGUUUGGAUCUUUAUAAAUACUGUUUGAAGUUAGUCAAACAAAUAGCAAAUACUUGCUCAAUCAUAUAUAAUAUGUAGUCAUUUUUUUGUAUUUGUUAUUUAAAUAUUGUUAAAUGUUGUUUCUUUAUGAUGCUCUUAAUUCAAAGUUUAGCUGCUAAAGAUGCUACAAGCCGCACACAAGUGUUUUACACAUCCAGUACUUCUAAUGACAUAAAAAUAGAAAUUUUACACUUGUGAUUUUUUUUUUUUUUUUAGCUGACUUAAAAUUAGCAGAACCUAAUUUCGCAGAAAUCGGUUCACUAACGACUGGAUGCCUGUGAUCUACAGGCCCACGGGGGCCACUGCAAUAAAAACAGGUCUGAUUUUGUAAUGAACAUCUCUGCAUGGACUCAGGAACACUUUCACAAAUCAUUGUUUGUAAACACAGUUCACCGCACCACCUACAGUUGCAGAGUUGUGCGGUGGUUUGCGGUAGUUUCUAUCACACACAAAAAAAAAAAAAGCCACGUGUGAAACUAUCCKGAAAAAACCACCAUCUUCCUUGGGCCAAAGCUCAUCUYAAAUGACCUGAGGCAAAGUGGAGGCCGUUCUGUGGUCAAAUGAAGUGAGAUUUAAUUUAUUAAAUGUAAUUUCUGAAACAACAGUUCAAAGUGCACAGCUCAAAAGCCUGCCUCUCUGAUGGUAAGGGGAUGCAUUAGUGUUUAUGGCAAGGACAUCUUUUGCAUCUGGAAAGACACCGUCAAUGCUAAAAAGUACGUAAAUACACAGGUUUUUGAACACCAUAUUCUCCUAUAAAUAACAUCUGGGAAGACCUUGCAUAUUUCCAGCAAGAACCCAACAGCUAGACUCCUAUAUCUGACAAGAAUGGGACAYCUAUGUUUACUAUGUUCAAUUGUGAAUACAAAAUGAGUUUAUGACAUGUUCAAAUCAUUGCAUUCUGUUUUUCAUUAGGAUUUUACACAACAUCCCAACUUUUUWAAAGGUAUUUUCUGUAAGUGGGAUACUAUGUUUUAUAAAUAUUUUCUGAAAAAAAAAUCAGGACACACAGUAUAUUCAUGCUAAAACCACUAAAUGAUUUACGAGAAUUUUCAGUGACUUGAACUGUUAUGGAUAAACCACUGUCUCAUCCUGUUUAUAACAGUAAUUUAUUUUCCUUUUUAACAAUUCAAGGCUUGAAUCGCUUUUUUUUUUUGCAUUUGUUUUUUUUUUAUUUUUUGUUAUUUUAUUGAGAAACCUGCUUUUACAUAGUCUUGGUGAGUAAUUUAAGUUCAGUUUGUGAUUGUGUUUUGAUGUUACUGUGUGUAUGUGAGGUAUUAAACUAAAUGGUACGAUCCUUUUAGACUUCUCAUAUCAGUUUGUGUUUGUGAUUUUCUUUUUGUAACUAACYUUUACAUUUUUAUUCAAAGGCAGAGCAUUCAAAUGCAUAUAUUCCACAGCCUUACAGGCUAGAAUUUUAAAUUAAGAUUAAUUUUAUAUUGGGAAAUGACUGAAGCCAUUUUGUUCAAACCUUAAAGCAAACUUCAUGCAACAAUGGAAGGUGUCACAUUCAGAAUAUGUGUUCUGUUGUGAAUGACUCUCAGCUACUAUCACUUCACUUUCUAAUAAAUUGACUGAGAGUUUCAUUUAAAUCUAUUCACUGGUUCAUUAAAUGUCUUGCAUUAAAA